UGGUGGCGGGAAACUUUGCACAAAAACAUAACAAAGUCCAGAGUCCGGGCAUAAACCAGGACCAAAGCCCGGACUGACCCUGCUCUCUGCGCUCUGGACGCUGCGCACUGGAGUCCUGUGCGUAAAAGCGCGCGCCGUGCGGAACAUCACCUGCGCGUCACGAGUGCACCAGCCUGCGCCGUUUAACCGCACUGUCCCCGGGUGACCGCUACGUCUGUCCCCUGGCUCCGUGUGGCGCAGAUCCCCGUGAGACCCAGCACCAUGUCCCGGGUGCUGAAUGGAAUCGUGGCCGUAUGUCCGGACCUUGGCAUCGGCAACAACGGAGACCUGCCCUGGCCCCGGCUCAAUAAUGAGUUCAAACACUUCCGGAGGCUCACGUCCACAACAUCUGAGGAAGGUAAACAGAAUGUGGUGCUAAUGGGCAGAAAAACCUGGUUUUCGAUCCCAGAGAAAAACCGACCUCUGACCAACAGGAUCAACGUUGUCCUGAGCCGAGAACUCAAAGCGCCCCCUGCAGGAGCGCACUAUCUGGCUUCAGACUUUAGCUCUGCCCUCAAACUCCUCAAUAAUGAGCUGUCUGCCACCACCGACCAAGUGUGGGUCAUCGGAGGCUCCUCCCUCUACAAGGAGCUGAUGGAGAGCCCGGGGCAGAAACGGUUGUUUGUCACCAGGAUCCUGAAGCAGUUUGAAUGUGACACGUUUCUACCUGAGAUCAGUCUCGACAAAUACAAGCUACUGCCAGAAUUUCCUGGAGUUUCCUCAGAGCUUCAGGAGGAGAAUGGUGUGCAGUACAAAUAUGAAGUUUACGAGAGCAUCCAGUGAAGAGUUAAGAGUCCUCCUCUGCUCCUUCUCUUCCACACAGC